AUGUCUUCCGCCCUUCGCGUUGCCAACACGCUGCGGCCCUGCGCCCAGCGUGCCAUUGCCCGUCCGGCUGCUGCCCUUGCCACCCGCCAGUAUGCUUCGCAGGCCUUCUUCCCCGAUGAGCCUGCUGGCCCUGUUGUCAAGGGCGCCAUCCCCGGUCCCGAGAGCACCAAGGCCAUUCAGAAGCUCGACAAGGUCUUCGAUACCAGGAGCUUGAACAUGAUGGCCGACUACAGGCGCAGCUACGGCAACUACCUUGCCGACCUGGACGGCAACGUCCUCCUGGAUGUCUACGCCCAGAUCGCCUCCAUCCCUGUUGGCUACAACAACGCCGCCCUCCUUCUCGGCGCUAGCUCUCCCGAGAUGGCUAGCGCUAUCAUCAACCGUCCCGCCCUCGGCAACUUCCCCCAGCACGACUGGGCCGACAUCCUCGAGACCGGUAUCCUGAAGGUUGCCCCCAAGGGUCUUGACCAGGUCUUCACCGCCCAGUCUGGCUCUGACGCGAACGAGUUGGCAUACAAGGCGGCUUUCAUGUGGAAGAGGCGUGUCCAGCGUGGCGGUCCCGACGUUGAGUUCACUGCCGAGGAGAUGGAGUCGGCUAUGAACAACACCGUCCCCGGUGCCCCCAAGCUGUCCAUCAUGUCCUUCAAGUCCGGUUUCCACGGUCGUCUCUUCGGCUCCCUCUCCACCACCCGCAGCAAGCCCAUCCACAAGCUUGACAUCCCUGCCUUCGACUGGCCCCAGGCUCCCUUCCCCAGCCUGAAGUACCCUCUUGACCAGCACGCUGCUGAGAACGCCGCUGAGGAGAAGCGCUGCCUUGAGGAGACCGAGCGUCUCAUCAAGGAGUUCCACAACCCUCCUGCGGCCAUCAUCAUCGAGCCCAUCCAGUCCGAGGGUGGUGACAACCACGCCUCGCCCGAGUUCUUCCGCGGUCUCCGCGAGAUCACCAAGCGCAACGACGUCCUCAUGAUCGUCGACGAGGUCCAGACUGGUGUCGGUGCCACCGGCAAGUUCUGGGCUCACGAGCACUGGAACCUCCAGUCUCCUCCCGACAUGGUCACCUUCUCCAAGAAGGCCCAGACCGCCGGUUACUACUUCGCCCGCGACGACCUGAAGCCCAACAAGCCUUACCGCCAGUUCAACACCUGGAUGGGUGACCCAGCCCGCGCUCUGCUGUUCCGCGGCAUCAUCAACGAGAUUGAGCGUCUCAACCUCGUCGAGAACACCGCCCAGACCGGUGACUACCUGUACGCCGGCCUCGAGCGCCUGGCCUCGCAGUACCCCAACGAGAUCCAGAACCUGCGUGGUAAGGGCCAGGGUACCUUCAUCGCCUGGGACAGCCCCCGCCGCGACGAGGUGCUCAAGAGCGCCAAGGGUGUCGGCAUCAACAUCGGUGGCAGCGGUGUCGCCGCCGUCCGCUUGAGGCCCAUGCUCAUCUUCCAGAAGCACCACGCCGACAUCUUCCUUGAGCGCCUCGAGCAGGUCAUCAAGGCAUAG